AUGGGCUGUGCUGCCAGCAUUGUUCUGCUCCAAGCCUUUCGUUCAGUGGUACAAAGGAAUUGUGUGCAUAUUUGUAGACGACGGCAAGAGGAAUUGUCACAUGAAAUCCUGCCUCUGGAGAGUGAUGAUGAAAUGAGCAGACCCAGAACUCUCAACAUUAUGCAGGAGAAACCCAAACUUCUGGAACCUUUGGAUUAUGAAACAGUAAUUGCAGAUAUUGAGAAGAAUGUUGAAAAUGAUCGUCUGAAAGACCUCUUUUUGUUCCCUGAAGAUGACUUUUCAAUAGCCACAAUUCCCUGGGAAAUAAGAACACUGUACUCAUCAGUUCCUGUAGAUGCAGAACAAAAGGCAGAAUAUUUAUUUGUGAAAGAGGCAUGUAAAUAUUACAGUUCUCAAUGGCAUACUGUAGACUACAAAUAUGAACAGUAUUCAGGAGAUUUUAGACAUCUACCACAGCAUGAAUACAGACCAGAGAAACUUCCUUCACAUUCUUUUGAAAUUGAUCAUGAAGAUGUUGACAAGGAUGAAGAUACAACAUCUCACUCAUCUUCGAAAGGCGGUGGAGGAGGAACUGGAGUUUUCAAAUCUGGCUGGCUUUAUAAGGGAAAUUUUAAUAGCACAGUAAAUAAUAGCAUUACAGUUCGGUCGUUCAAAAAGCGCUAUUUUCAACUGACACAAUUAUCAGACCACUCGUAUAUAAUGAACUUUUAUAAAGAUGAAAAGAUCUCAAAAGAGCCCAAAGGCUGCAUCUUUUUGGAUUCCUGUACAGGGGUGGUGCAGAAUAAUAGGCUUCGGAAACAUGCUUUUGAGUUGAAAAUGAAUGACUUGACAUACUUUGUGCUGGCAGCUGAAAAUGAGCAAGAUAUGGAUGAAUGGAUUUUUACUCUCAACAAAAUCCUUCAGAUAAAUCCAGAAGUGUCUAUUCAAGAGAGGAGAAGUGCUGACAUCAGUGAUGUGAGGUUUGAUUCUGAAGACAUUUGCAUAAAUUAUGACCGCACUGAAGAGGAAAAUGAUUCUUCAGAGAAUAAUUUGCAUCCAGAUAUUGCUAAAUACCUCACAGAAACAGAAAAAAGUGUUCAAGAAUCUCGGAAUGUAGAUCGGCUAAACCUUUUCUCUUUAGACUCUGACAUUGCUAGCUUGAACACUCAAAGAAAGGAGUUUACAGAAAUGGAUCGAUUGCUCAAACCUUUUGAGGAGAAAGAGACAAAGCAAAUCAUGAUAACAUGCAAAUCCCUUAAUCUGAAUCUUCAAGCUUGUGUUUCUGAUAAUGAAAAUGAUCCCGUUACCAACAUUGAGCCCUUUUUUGUGAGUGUGGCUCUUUUUGACUUAAGGGAUAACCGAAAACUCUCUGCUGAUUUCCAUGUGGACCUGAAUCAUACUAUUGUUAGACAUAUGAUAUCACCCUCAUCAGAAAAUGGAACCGUUGAAACAUCUGGCAACAAAGAUGAAGAACCUCAGGUUAAAGGAUUCCCAGAGGAGUGGCUGAAGCAUCCCAAACAGGGAAUUUUCUCCAUUAGUAACCCUCAUUCUGAAAUUGUUUUGGUGGCAAAAAUUGAAAAGGUCCUCAUGGGAAAUAUUGCUACCAGUGCAGAACCUUAUAUAAGAAACCCAGACUCUAACAAGUGGGCCCUGAAAGUAUUAAAAUCCAACAAACAAUUCUGCCACAAGUUGGGAAAAUAUCGGAUGCCCUUUGCUUGGUCUGUACGGCCUGUCUUUAAGGAUAAUCAGGGAAAUAUUGACAGAGAUUCCUGGUUUUCACCUUUGUUCCGACAAGAAAGUAACAAAAUUUCAACAGAUGAUUUAAUUAAACUUAUAAGUGAAUACAGAAGAACUGAGAAAAUUAAUAAAAUUCAGAUUAUCCCUGGAAGUUUAGAAAUUGCUGUUGAUUGGCUACCUUUGGAGCAUCCAAACUCUGUAACAUCAUCUUUUAUACCAAACAAGCCCUUCAAUAAUAUCAAGGACUAUCAACCAACAGUAGAAGUGGAAGAAUUUGUUCAAGAAUCUACAAAAUAUUCUCAGGCUUAUAAAAUAUAUAAAAACCAAAUGUAUAUCUAUCCCAAGCAUCUGAAAUAUGAUAACCAAAAAUGCUUCAACAAGGCACGGAAUAUAACAGUGUGUAUUGAAUUUAAAAACUCAGAUGAAGAAGGAGCAAAGCCAGUGAAGUGUAUCUAUGGGAAGCCUGGUGGACCAUUAUUUACAUCAGCAGCUUAUACGGCUGUGCUACAUCAUUCACAAAACCCUGAUUUCUACGAUGAGAUAAAAAUUGAAUUGCCAACACAACUUCAUAAGAAACAUCAUAUUCUGUUUUCAUUUUAUCAUGUUACCUGUGACAUAAAUGCAAAAGCUAAUACCAAAAAGAAAGAGGCCCUGGAAACCUCAGUGGGAUAUGCUUGGCUGCCUUUGCUAAAAGAUGAUCAACUAACAUCUCGAGAACAUAACUUACCCGUGGCAACUAUUCUACCUCCCUCUUAUUUAAAUCUUCAGGAUCCUGCAGCUGGGAAGCAGAGUGGAAGCGAUAUUAAGUGGGUGGAUGGAGGAAAGUCCCUCUUCAAAGUGUCACUGCUUAUUGUAUCCACUGUUUACACUCAGGAUCCAUAUCUGAAUAGAUUUUUCCUUCAGUGCCAGAAAAGAAAGAGAGAUUUCUCCCAGCCACCUACCUCAAGUUUUAUAAUCUCCUGUAAGAAUUUACUUAAAAUUGAGAAGAUCCAUGUCGUUGUGAAUUUUCUUCCUGUGAUUCUGAACCAACUGUUCUGGGUUCUUAUACAAAACAAAGAGGAUGAAGUAACAAGUGCUGUGACCAGGGUCUUUACUGACAUUGUGGCCAAGUUCCAUGAAGAAAAAUUAGAUCACUAUAUUCAAUCAUAUAUAAAGUAUGUAUUCAAAGCUAAGACAUUUGAAGAACGAACUGUUCAUGAAGAACUGGCCAAGAAUAUAACUAAUCUGUUGCAGUCGAAUGAUCAAAGGACUGUGAAGCUUGUUCUAAAGCACUCCUGGUUCUUUUUUGCAAUUAUUUUAAAAUCAAUGGCACAGCAUUUGGUUUACACAAAGAGAGUACAGAUUCCUCGUGCUCAGAGGUUUCCAGAAUCAUACAAAACUGAACUAGAUAAACUUGUAAUGAACAUAUCAGAUCAUGUUAUUUGGAAACACAUAGAAGCUUUUGAAGAGACAAAGAAUGCAAGCCACAGUGUUGGCAGGUUUCUGAAGCGAUGUUUUACAUUCAUGGAUCGUGGAUUUAUAUUUAAAUUAAUCAAUAACUAUAUAAGCAUGUUUGGACCAGGUGACGACAAGAUUUUGUUCCAGUAUAAAUUUGAAUUUCUUCAAGAAGUAUGUAACUAUGAACACUUCAUUCCUCUCUGCCUACCCCUGAAAUCUGCAAACAUUCCAGAUCCAAUCACACCAUCAGAAUCAACCCAGGAGUUUCAUGCAUCAGAUGUUCCUGAAUAUAUUGUGACAAAUGAAUUUUGCCGGAAGCAUUUUUUAAUUGGAUUACUUCUUCGAGAAGUUGGGUGGGCACUCCAAGAAGACCAGGACAUCAGACACAUGGCCUUAGCCAUGCUCAAAAAUCAGAUGGCAAAACAUUCCUUUGAUAAUCGAUACAGUGAUCCGGAGAAGCAGGCAAAAAUAGCAAACUUGUAUAUGCCUCUUUAUGGAUUGCUUUUGGACAAUAUGCCAAGGAUAUAUCUGAAAGAUAUGUUUUUAUUCAGUAUCAAUACAUCUAAUCAGGGAUCUAGAGAUGAUUUGAGCACCACUGUAGGAUUUCAAAGUCAGACAACAAUGAAACAUGCAAAUUCAAUAGAUACUUCUUUCUCCAAAGAUGUUCUUAAUUCAAUUGCAGCUUUUUCAUCAAUAGUUAUUCCUGCAGCAAACCAUGCUGACUCCAGAGGUUCCCUAGGAAGUCUUGACUCUAACCCGAGUACCAAUGAAAAGAACAGUGAAACAAAUGAAGCCUGUGAGAAGAUUGUAAGGCCAUUGUCUCUGAUUGGAUCGGCUAUUCGUUUUGACAAAUUAGAUCAAGCAGAAACAAGAAGUCUCUUAAUGUGUAUUCUUCAUAUUAUGAAAACAGUUUCAGAAGAUACACUGAUCUCCUACUGGCAGAGGGCACCAUUUACAGAAAUAACAGAUUUUUUCAGCAUUUUAGAGUUGAGAGUAUCUUGGCGACGUUUCGACGAGGUCCCACUCGCCUUCUUCAGGGUGGUGCCUUCAGCUUCGUGCUUGUGCGAGCAAAGCGUGAUUGGAGCUCCUGUCAAUAUUGGCACUUCUAAUGAAACAGACCUUGUGAAUUAUGUAGAUACGGAAGCCAACAUUGCAACAGAAGUUUGCCUUUCUAUACUCGAUCUGUUGUGUCUUUUCACUCAGAAUCAUCAGAGACAACUGCAACAGUCAGAUUGCCAGAAUACAAUGAUGAAGAAAGUCUUUGAUACUUACCUGUUAUUUUUACAAAUCAAUAAUUCUGCAGCAGCUCUCAAGCAUGUAUUUGCUGCUUUGAGAUUGUUUGUGAGUAAGUUUCCAUCAGCCUUCUUCCAAGGGCAAGCUGACUUGUGUGGAUCAUUCUGUUAUGAGAUUCUUAAGUGUUGUAAUCACAGAUCACAGUCAACACAGAUGGAAGCCUCUGCUCUGCUUUAUUUUUUCAUGAGAAAAAACUUUGAAUUUAAUAAGCAAAAGUCAAUAGUAAGGUCUCAUUUGCAGCUCAUCAAGGCUGUAAGCCAACUGAUUGCAGAUGCAGGAAUUGGAGGUUCUCGGUUUCAGCAUUCUCUGGCAAUUACCAAUAACUUUGCGAAUGGAGACAAACAGAUGAAAAACAGUAACUUCCCAGCAGAAGUGAAAGACUUGACCAAACGCAUCAGAACGGUUUUAAUGGCUACAGCUCAAAUGAAGGAACAUGAGAAGGAUCCAGAGAUGCUUGUGGACUUACAAUACAGCUUGGCAAAUUCAUAUGCAAGUACACCUGAAUUACGUAGGACCUGGUUGGAGAGCAUGGCCAAAAUUCAUGCAAGAAAUGGAGACUUAUCUGAGGCUGCUAUGUGCUACAUCCAUAUAGCUGCCCUUAUUGCUGAAUAUCUGAAGAGAAAGGGUUACUGGAAAAUGGAAAAGAUUUGUACCUCUCGUCUGUUCCUGGAAGAUGCUGAAAUCUCUGAUAAUAAUAUCUUACUAACAACUCACCCUGGAGGAAGCUUGUUUUCUAUGGGAUGGCCAGCUUUUCUCAAUAUUACACCAAAUAUUAAAGAAGAAGGAGCAAUGAAAGAAGAUUCUGGAAUGCAAGAUACACCAUACAAUGAGGACAUCCUUGUGAAACAGCUGGAAUUAUGUGUUGACUAUCUCUGGAAAUGUGAAAGAUAUGAACUCAUUGCUGAAGUUAACAAACCAGUUAUUGCCGUAUUUGAGAAACAAAGAGAUUUCAAAAGGCUGUCUGAAUUGUACUAUGACAUCCAUAGAUCUUAUCUGAAAGUCGCAGAAGUUGUGAAUUCUGAAAAGCGCUUAUUUGGACGAUACUACCGUGUGGCAUUUUAUGGCCAAGGCUUUUUUGAAGAGGAAGAGGGUAAGGAAUAUAUUUACAAAGAGCCCAAAUUAACAGGCCUCUCUGAAAUCUCUCAGCGACUGAUGAAACUUUAUGCGGACAAGUUUGGAGCAGACAAUGUGAAGAUAAUCCAAGAUUCCAAUAAGGUUAACCCCAAAGACCUAGAUCCUAAAUAUGCAUAUAUCCAAGUAACCUAUGUCACGCCCUUCUUUGAAGAGAAAGAAGCUGACGAACGCAAGACUGACUUUGAAAUGCAUCACAAUAUCAACCACUUUGUGUUUGAAACGCCAUUCACCUUGUCAGGAAAGAAACACGGGGGCGUAGAAGAGCAAUGCAAAAGACGGACAAUUCUGACAACUAGCCAUUUAUUUCCAUACGUGAAGAAAAGAAUACAAGUUAUAAACCAGACCAGCACAGAACUGAACCCCAUAGAAGUAGCUAUUGAUGAGAUGUCCAAAAAAAUUUCAGAACUCAAACAACUUUGUACAAUGGAAGAGGUAGAUAUGAUUCGACUCCAGCUGAAGCUACAAGGAAGCGUCAGUGUUAAGGUAAAUGCAGGACCAAUGGCUUAUGCUCGAGCAUUUCUUGAAGAAACCAAUGCUAAGAAAUACCCAGAUAACCAAGUUAAACUUCUGAAAGAAAUAUUCAGAAAAUUUGCAGAAGCAUGUGGACAAGCUCUUGAAGUUAAUGAACGCCUUAUUAAGGAGGAUCAGCUGGAAUAUCAGGAAGAAAUGAAAUCUCAUUACAAGAAUAUGCUCAGUGAGCUCUCAGAGAUUAUGAAUGAACAGAUCAUUUACAAGGAGGAUUCUGCAAAGCAUCCAGGAGUGGAAACACCUUAUUCCCAUGCAAUCAGUAGAACAAUCACUGCCCCACCUGGAUCACUGCUUUCAUCAAAUGCAGAUAUUUCAUAACUGCCUUUGAUUAUGAACUGGAGAAUUUUGGCGUUAUUUUGCAAAACAAUGUAGGCAAAUCCUGGAGGAUACCAUAAUUGUAUUACAUUAUUAUUUUUUAUUUAUUGAACAAUUUUAUGUGUCAAUUUUUUAAAAAGUCAAUUUGAUUUUUUUUUCAAUGUUAUUGCUUUUCUUGAUAUUUGCACAUUUCCUAUGAUUUUCUUUAUUAUGGGCCAGUCUUUAGUAAAUAGACUGAGUUGAAAUAUCCAUUGAAUAUUUAGUUUAACAGCAAACCUUACGUUGGCUAUAAAUAAUGAUAUAAUCUAAUACAGGUCCUAGUAUACAUAUAUUUUAAAAGUCAAAAGUGGAUGUUUUAUAACAUUUAAGUAUAUUAAAGUUGUAAAUAAAAGAUGUGUAAAAUAUGUCAUUUUUACAAAAAAAAUAGUUAAUAUCUGACAUGACUAAAAUGU